AUGAAAAUGACCUGGCUAAAUUUACUUAUUGAUCUCGUGGAGACCAUAAUUUCUGUUAUAUGUACUGCAUGUUAUGACAUUCCUGCAACCCCUUUGGGAGAUGCGUUUGACAACAUGCUGGCGCAGGCCUACUUGGCACAAACCCUAGUGGAUGAUGGUGACACAGAAUACGAUCGUUGCUUAGCUCAAUGGGUUAACCAUUUUGGCCAUGACACCGCCUCGGCCUGUGGACGUCUGGUACUCGGAUAUCAACGGCUGUGGCCAGGAAAAGUGCGCAUCUAUAGAAAAGCACACGGUUGGACUCGAGACUCAUUUUUGACAAGCAACUUCUGGUGUGAAAGCGAUUUUCUGCUGCACGAUUGGCCUGAAAAAAGCAUAGAAGGUGAUUUGUGGAUGAGCCCUCACGGCGAUGAAGAUUCGGCCAGUUGCGCAUUAAAAGGAACGGCUUGGAAAUGGCUACCCAAUAAGCAGAUCAACUGCACAGUCAUAAGGGACGAUUUCCAAGCUUUCGAGACGACUCACAGAAGAAACUACCCAAAAGUAGCUGAAGAUUUUCUGAAACAGCUCGAAGUGUGGUCGUGCUUUCCUCAGUGCGAAGUCGACUAA